AUGUAUCUCUCGCCUCUUAUCGCAAUAACCUUUUCCUUCUUAUUAUCCAUUCUCACCACAUCGCCGCAAGUUCUGGUCUAUUAAGUCUACUUAUAGAAUCACGAUCACGACGCCAACUGCACGACCACUAAACCUUACAAGAUGUCUACUCUCGCCUUCUUCGCCGAUAUGUCGGCUGGUGCAGAAAACCUUACCACCGGGGUGCCUGGCGACAGUCCUUCCGUCCCAAGCUUGACGAGAAGCACAUAUGGUACCUUCAAACCAUCGAAGCCUCAGGCAACGACGACUAAAGACAAGAGAAAUGUCACCUCCGCAGCCUCUCCAGCAAUCAACAAGAAGUGCGACCAUGCCACAGAAACCUGGUUCUCACGUCUCUUCGGCUGGGAGUCAUAUCACCUCACCAUGAUGAAAAGCAUGGGCAUGCCGGCAUCCCGCCCGAAUCCAAGAAACCAAUCAAAAGCCGAAUACACAGCAGCAAAAUCACGACUCACAGCAUCAAAAAAGAAGCCAUCCCGACACGACCGCGAAAAGGCCAAAAUCGAAUGCGAGCAAAUCACCCCCAACAUCCACAAAACCACAGCAAUAUUCGAGGGCACCUGGGCAGAUGAAACUCAAUACAGCAUAAGUGUUCUGAACUUGUCAUCUUUGAAUCAACUUGGCCAUGGCCACCAUAUCGCAGCACCGUUCAGGAUGUCUUUCACCUGUACGCCAAAACUCCGCAACGAUACCAAUAUCCCACAACGCCAACAAUACAAUCUUAUCGACAAUGCUUGUAUCGCCACGGCCAAGAUUUUCGCAGAACACAAGUCAAUCUUGGGAACUAAAGGCAAAGCCUGCGACUGCGACAUCCACUGGUUGCGCACAGGAAAGACAGCCAAAGGAGGACAAGGGUGUGGAGAAAUUGGAGAGAGGAAGAAGAAGGGAGGGUUGAUGUGUAAGGCUUAUGAUGCUAUGGCUGAGCACGAUCGUCUCUGCUCUUGUGGGUGUUUUGACACGGAGAGAAAGGAGAGUGAGGUUGUUGGGGACUUGACUUCUGGGUAUGAUGAAGAUUGUGUGGAGAUUUGAGGAGAAUUCAGCAUCAAAAGAAGGGUGGGACAGAUUACGAUCAUGGAGGGAAGUCGCAUUGCAGCAUUUGUGGGCAUCUGAGUAUACAGAAGGAGAGAGUUGUGGAAG